CAACCAGAACUCAGGAGUUCUCGCGAGAGUUUUCUAUUCCACUUCUUACUGGGUGACUGCGCAGCUGCCAUGUUGGUUGCUAUGCUGCUGCCUGUCUGAGGGCAGGCGGGAGGGAAGGAAGGAAGGAGGGAGGCUGGCUCUGGGGAGGGGAGAAAGACGGAGGAGGCGGCGGCGUCGGCUGCUGCCAGUGCUCGUUUCCCCCCCACUCCCUCCUCGAGGCACAGACGGGCAAAGUCCUGCUGUGUAGCUGCUGUUUCCUUGUCCCCUCCCCCACAGCUGCAGGAGAAGGAGGAGAGAAGGAGAAAGCCUUACUGGGGGGUCGGUGGGAGGCGGCGGCAGCGGCUAGCUUCAUCUCAGAUAGAGGGGUGAUCGCUGAGACCCCUUUCCUCUCCCUCCCUUGAUUUCCUGGUGGGGGGGGAGGGGGGAAGGUUGCAUUGCCUUCCCCCUAUCCUUCCUCCAUCUGCCCACCCAUCCUUGCCUUUCUGCCUGCAGUAGGAAUGUGGGGGGGCUUUGAGUUGCGAGUGGGGCGCUCAGUGCAACCUCUGUUGGUGAUCCCCCAUCCUUUUUGCUUACUGCCGCUGCUUGGGGGUGCAAGAACUAUAUUGAACUGAGCUGAGCUGAUCUCGGGGUUGAACUGAACCUUUGGGCGACGGAGACCUCCCUACCCGCUUACCUUUUGGCUUCUCUUCUUUGCGUUGACUGUCGCUUUAUUAUCACUCACUGGAAGGACGUGGCUGUUAUAUGAAGACGCUGUGUGGACAGUAAUGACCGCACGUUUCCGAUUGCCUGCUGGCAGAACCUACAAUGUACGAGCAUCUGAACUGGCACGAGACAGACAGCAUACAGAGGUGGUCUGCAAUAUUCUUCUUUUGGAUAAUACUGUGCAAGCUUUCAGAGUUAAUAAGCAUGAUCAGGGACAAGUUCUGCUGGAUAUAGUUUUCAAGCAUCUUGAUCUGACUGAGAGAGACUAUUUUGGUUUACAAUUGGCUGAUGAUUCUACUGAUAAUCCGAGGUGGCUGGAUCCAAACAAGCCAAUCAGGAAACAGUUGAAGAGAGGCUCUCCUCACAGCCUGAACUUCAGAGUGAAAUUUUUUGUAAGCGAUCCUAAUAAGCUUCAAGAAGAAUACACACGGUACCAAUAUUUUUUGCAAAUUAAACAAGACAUUCUUACUGGAAGAUUGCCCUGCCCUUACAACACUGCUGUACUCUUGGCUUCCUAUGCUGUUCAGUCUGAACUGGGAGACUACAGCCUUUCAGAGAACUUCCCAGGCUACCUCUCAGACUACUCUUUCGUUCCUAGCCAGCCUCAAGAUUUUGAAAAGGAAGUAUCAAAACUACAUCAGCAGCAUAUAGGUUUGUCUCCAGCUGAAGCAGAAUUUAGUUAUCUCAGCACAGCCCGAACCUUAGAACUCUAUGGAGUUGAAUUGCACUAUGCAAGGGAUCAAAGUAACAAUGAAAUUAUGAUUGGAGUAAUGUCAGGAGGCAUACUAAUUUAUAAGAACAGGGUACGAAUUAACACCUUCCCAUGGUUGAAGAUUGUAAAAAUUUCUUUUAAGUGCAAACAGUUUUUUAUUCAACUUAGAAAAGAAUUGCAUGAAUCCAGAGAAACAUUACUGGGGUUCAACAUGGUGAAUUAUCGAGCAUGUAAGAAUUUGUGGAAAGCUUGUGUAGAACAUCACACAUUUUUCCGGUUAGACAGACCACUGCCACCCCAGAAGAACUUUUUUGCACAUUAUUUUACUUUGGGUUCAAAGUUCCGGUACUGUGGCAGAACAGAGGUCCAGUCUGUGCAGUAUGGUAAAGAAAAGGCAAAUAAGGACAGGGUAUUUGCCAGAUCCCCAAGUAAACCUCUGGCUCGCAAAUUGAUAAGUGGGAUGGACUGGGAAGUUGUCAGCAGAAAUUCGUUGUCUGAUGACAGAUUAGAAACUCAAAGCUUGCCAUCACGUUCUCCACCUGGAACCCCUAAUCAUCGCAACUCUGCAUUUACGCAAGAGGGAAACCGUUUACGGCCAUCUUCAGUUGGACAUCUAGUGGACCAUGUUGUCCACACUUCACCAAGUGAAGUUUUUGCAAAUCACCUAUCACCUUCUUCCACACAGGCCAACAGUAUCAUUCUGGAAUCGUCACCAUCUCAAGAGACCCCUAUAGAUGGGCAACCACCUGCACUGCCACCUAAGCAAUCUAAAAAGAAUAGUUGGAACCAAAUUCAUUAUUCACAUUCUCAGCUAGAAUUGGAUAACCAUAUAAAUGAAACAUAUGAUGAUGAUUCUUCCUCAUCUCCUGAAAAAUCUAUGCCCAAUGGUGGAAUUCCCCAUGACAAUCUUGUUCUGAUCAGAAUGAGACCAGAUGAAAAUGGAAGAUUUGGUUUCAAUGUAAAGGGUGGAUAUGACCAGAAGAUGCCUGUCAUAGUGUCCAGAGUGGCUCCAGGAACACCUGCAGAUAUUUGUGUCCCGCGUUUGAAUGAAGGAGACCAAGUAGUACUGAUCAAUGGCAGGGAUAUAUCAGAACAUACUCAUGAUCAAGUUGUCAUGUUUAUUAAAGCUAGCUGUGAGCGGCACUCAGGGGAACUUGUGCUCCUAGUUCGACCCAAUGCUGUUUAUGAUGUGGUAGAAGAAAAGCUGGAGAAUGAACCAGACUUCCAGUACAUCCCUGAGAAGUCUCCACUAGAUGGAAUCCACCAGGAUGACAAUGCUCUAAGGGAAUCAAUGUUUCAGCUGGCAGAGGGGCUUAUCACUGGAACUGUGCUAGCUCAGUUUGAUCAACUUUACAGGAAGAAGCCUGGGAUGACGAUGUCUUGUGCCAAAUUACCUCAAAACAUUUCCAAAAAUAGAUACAGAGACAUUUCGCCUUAUGAUGCUACACGGGUCAUUUUAAAGAGUAAUGAUGAUUACAUCAAUGCAAAUUAUAUAAAUAUGGAAAUCCCUUCUUCCAGUAUAAUAAAUAAAUACAUUGCCUGCCAAGGCCCUUUACCCAACACUUGCCCUGAUUUUUGGCAGAUGACUUGGGAGCAAGGCUCGUCUAUGGUGGUUAUGUUAACCACUCAAGUGGAACGGGGCAGGGUAAAAUGCCAUCAGUACUGGCCUGAGCCCAGUGGAAGCUCCUCAUAUGGGAAUUUCCAGAUCACUUGUCAUUCAGAAGAAGGAAAUCCUGCUUAUGUCUUCAGAGAGAUGACACUGUCUAACUUGGAGAAAAAUGAGAACCGUCAGCUCACUCAAAUCCAGUAUGUAGCAUGGCCUGAUCAUGGGGUUCCUGAUGAUUCCAGUGAUUUCUUGGAUUUUGUAUGUCUUGUCCGAAAAAAAAGAGCUGGCAGAGAAGAACCUGUUGUUGUUCACUGCAGUGCUGGAAUUGGACGAACAGGAGUUCUUAUCACUAUGGAAACAGCUAUGUGUCUUAUUGAGUGCAAUCAGCCUGUUUAUCCUUUGGAUAUUGUGAGAACCAUGAGAGAUCAAAGGGCCAUGAUGAUCCAAACUCCUAGUCAGUACAGAUUUGUUUGUGAGGCUAUUUUGAAAGUGUAUGAAGAAGAACUUGUUCGACCUUUGAAGACAUCACUGCAUGAAUAGGAAGCAAAAUAUACCUUUCAGAAGAAUCUAUAGAAGACACUGGCUGCUCUUGUUGUGCUGUAACAUUGCUUGCAGGAAUUGUUAUCUGAAAACAGUGAAGAACUGAAAAGGACUUGGAAGAACUUCAGCACUAUUGCACUUUAUGUUGAAACUGAAAAUUGGUCUUUAAAACACUAUGAUUUUUCUGUGUUGGAAGACUUUCUCAUCAUGCUUUGCUUCAAACAAACCACAGACUGAAUGAACUCUGCAUUCUGGAUAACUGUCCAGACUUUGUGGUAGUGCCAUAUAGUCCCCUUUUGUUUGAACUGCUACAAAACAGGCUUCAAACUCCUAUCUCUAGCAACAAUACACACAAGCCAUUUCUUCCAAUGCUCAAUUAAUUUGUUGUGUUAAGAUCCUUGCUGCCUUUUAUUUUGGUGAUAUAUUAGCAAUAUUAUUUACUCUAGACACACUGCCUACUGAAGCAGCACAUUUUGCCCUAUGCCCUUUUAAAAUCUAACCGGAUCGGUAGUGGAAAGCUGCAGUUUGUUCUAACCCAGCAGUAGCUGCAUAAAGGCCCACUCAUUUUGUUUAGGUUGGGGUACAAGGGACAUUUCCUUUGAACUCGUAGCCCUGUUUCUCAGCCUGUCCUAACACUGAAACAUCUGAUGACAUUAUCUAAUGGGAAUGAACACAUGCAUUUUGUCUUAACCCCUUAAGUGCCUUUGAUUUAUAGUGUAUGUCUUAAUGACAAAGCACUGUAUUGGCCCUAAAGGGGGAAGUAUCAUCAUAACAUUUCUUUUAGUGGGUUCACAUUUUAACAUAUGGCUCUUGGUGCUUAGAGUGGUACUGUGGGGAGGGGGAGUCACAGAAAUACCAUUCCUUCUCUUUCUACAAGUACCUGCAAGCUACUAUGACUAGCAGAAGAACCCCAUCUCUUUAAUAUGUAAUCAUUGUUUACUACUAUGGAAUAAAGUGGAAAACCUGACACAUUCCUUUUAACUGGUAAAAUGUUAGCAACAUGAAAAGCCAGUAUGCUGUUUCAGAAAUUGUUCCUCUGUUUUACCCUUACAAUGAGAAAAAACUUUCUAACUUGAAUAGGAUAUAAUUUUAAUAGCACUGAUACUCUGCUUUAAACUUGCAAGUCCAAGAUGAGCCUUCCCUGACACAGUCGUUUCCCUUGAGUCCACAUCUACUGUUUCUUAAGUCAUCCUUGUACUGGACUGUGCUUUAAAAGAGAAAAAGUGGCACAGAAGGUUAAAAUGCCAUCAGUUCAUCCCGCAAAUGUUUUAUGCAUUGAAAUUGUUUGUUUGUGUACCUCAUUUUAAAAGAUACUAGGAUGUAUACAAUUGGAGAUGGGUUUAUUGAUACAGUCUGAAUUCAUUCUAGGGGUAUGUAUAGUUUUUUGUCUCCUUUUCUAAAACAUUUCUAGGACAGUUGAAGCCAAGUAGCUAGUGAAAUUGUCUAGCUUCUUGCACAGUAAGUUUUGGAUUCACUUUUUCAUGAAAACUUAAAUCUGUCCUAUAUUAAAGUCUUUUUAUUAAUUACCCAGUUAUUUUAAAGGAAGAUAUUUAGAGAAUAGAAUGAAAAUAUGCAGUAUUUUAAAAUGAGUUUUUAAAAACUGUAUCUUACAUAAUUUAUAUGUAUGGGGAUGGAUGCAGACUUUAUUACCACCUUGUACAAACUUCUCUUCAUGGAAUGCUUCUGUUAUCAGUAGAAGAGAGAGGCAACUUUUGCUAAUUACUCUUCCCCUGCAACUGCUUGCAUCCUCUGACAAUCUUCUCCAGACUUGGUGGGUGCAAAUGGCUAAAGGAAGAUGGAAAAAUAGGCAAAAAUUGUCUCUUUUAACUUCCACUAGUGGGAUCCCUAUUAAACACUUUGCACAGACUGAAGGAGUUCUGCUUGUCUUCCAGACAUGGUAUAUAAUUUUUCCACAGUGAGUUUAAACUCUUUGUUGCAAAUGAAACAAAGCUUUAGAAAUGUUUUUUAAAAGAAUGUUAUCAGCUGGCCUGUUUUGCUUGUUUGCAAAACAUAUUUGGUAGUUCACUUCUGGAUUUUAAGGUGAGUUUAACAUAACUAUCUUGUUAGGCCAGUGUUAAAACUGAACACCAAUAUUAGAGACUCCAUUACUUCACUUACCAAACUUAUGAUUUAAGUCCAUUGAUUAUAAUGGGCUUCUUAAAACCCCAAUUUUAAUGGAGUAGUCCCAUUUGUAGAAAUACAUGUUUUAUGUUUCACCAAUUAGAGCAAAUGCUAAAUGGGCUUAAAGUUUAAUUGGCUUUUAGUGGUCUGCAGCUGUUAAAAAAGUGAAGGGUUGUAAUGCAUUUCUUUUAUACUUAGUAAAGUUUCAAAUGACCAAGUGCAAUGUCACUGCUCAGAAUUUUGCUGUGUAGUCAUCUAAGCUAUCCUUGGAUGGCAAUGUAAGCAGUGUAAAUCCCCUUUUAUAGAAAGCCUGCAGUGGCUGCUCUUAGUAACACUCAGAUAAUAACUAAAAGUCGUAAUAAUGCUAAACAUACUUCAUACUCAUGGUCUGUUUUAAUGUUUGCUUCAGCAAGUGUUUGGUACAUGAAAAGUUUUCAUGCUUUUGAUUUGGAUCUUGGUUCUCAUUAUUGUUUUAAACCAUGGUGUUAGUUAUAUGCAGGAUUAGUAUAAGCACUUCUAAUAUGUUGAAUUAAAUAUUAAUUAUUGUGUUCUUGCUGAUGAAACAGUUUAUGGUCUUACAAUUGCCAACAAAACUUUGGAGAUAGCAUUGCCCUUUUUAUAAACUUAUUGAAGAGAAAUAUUAGAGAAAUAAUGAUGACACAGUAUAUCCCUGGAGUUUUACAAAUGCUGAUAUUGUGUGAGGUUGCCAAAGCAAGCUGAAUCCAUGAAAAACGUGUAUACCACAAUGUAUUUUGUUGGGGAAUAUUUUUGGUAUUUAGUACAUUGAUCCAACAUAGAGGCACAAACAUUAGCUACCUUAAAGUCUCUCUGUCCCCCAAAAUAAGCUGAUUACCAGCUUACUGGUCAGUAGCAAUGAUAAAAUAUUGAAAGAGAUUAGUUUGGCAGGGUUACCAGCUAAUCAACAUGCUAUAGGAAUUUUCUUUAAAUGUACAUAUGGUGAAGAUAGGAUAAUACUAAAUCAAAGCAUUAUCAUGAAAGUGAUUUCCACAAAAUGCAUUUUCCAUUGUGGUAUAAAUAGCCUUUUACUAAUAUUUUUAUAUGGCCUAAAAGUUAAUACAGUUAAUUACUUUGCAUUGGGCUAUGAAGAUCUGUAUCAAGCUUAAAAAGACAAGAAAAAUAUUUUUUGUAUGUGUUUCAUUCUGUACAAAACAUGAAUGUAUGUUUCAGGCAUAAUGACAUGAAAUGAUAGUGUUAUGGAUGUUGGAUUUUAUGGAUAAUUAUUUUCUUACUGUUUGCUAAAAAAAGAAAAAAGAAAAAAGAUGAGGAGAGAAAAAAUUGUAACACUUCCUUUUUUAAUUCAAGUUGUUUUCAUUGUAAAUAAGAGCAAUAGGGUAAUAGUUUUGUGCCAAUGUAUGUUACAGAUGUAUGUUUUUUUUUAAAUCUGGAAAACUGAUUAUUUAAGGUACUUUUGAAGGUUUGUCUAAUGCAGAAAUCUAGGAAUCUAUGACUUGUUAAUAUUGCUUCUUCGCUUUUUUUUAGUUAUGUGGCUUGGGGGUGUGGUGGGGAUAUCAUCUGGGUUACGUUAAAUAUGAAGUACCCACAAUGUCAGUCAUUCUCUGAGGAAUAUGACUUUAAGCAAGCCAGCUAAUCAUACGACUUAGACUACAGCAUGGUCCCUCCAAAUCUUCAGAUGCAAUAUGCACCUCUAGUGCUGCAGUAAUGUCUCUAGCAACAUUAAUGCGAGCAUAGGAAAAAGAUUGGUUUGUGUUGGUAUAUUGGUAUUUCCUAUCCCCAAAUGUUGGGCAACCACAUUUAGGCUAUAUGUUAAGCUAAAACAUUAGCCUUCCUGGCAUCUGCCACAUUUAUGCCAUGUGGUCCAAACUACUGUAGCACAUUAAUUGCAAGUCAAGUAAGUGAUGCUGCAACUUUAAUUUAACUUCAGGAUUUCACAGAUAAGUUCCAUUUGUAAGGGAUCUUGUCGUUAGUAAUCCUGCAGCAUAGCAAUAUCCCACAGCUACCAGUUUAGAAAUGUUGCCAUCCUCUUAUCAAAGAAGGCACAAAACGCAAGUGAAGAGAGCUGAGGAGAGAGGUUUUUUUUUUUUUUUUGGCAGAAUCGACAUGGACAGCACCUUUCCACAAGCAGUGUGCAGAUAGACCUGCAGCAGCUGUGGAAAGCAACAAAGCUGAAACACUUGUUGCAAACAGUCCAGGGAGGCCAAGAAGUGGAAGAGACAUGAGGAAUCUCAGCAGCUUUUGCAUUUGGUAGAGAAGUCCACUAGAUAAUUGGAAAGGGUCUGCUUGAUAGGGUGCAGAACUACAAGUUUCUGGCCAGCAGUUGGGAAUGGAUGGUUCCCCAACCUCUUGAAAGUCUUGUAGUUUGUCUAGCCCUACAGCAUAUUAACCAAUGUGCAAGUGCCCUUCUUCAGUCUUUGGCUCAGAAAGGAAUGAAGGCAUCUGGUACUGUGUGCUUUUUUUUUCCAUAAUUGGUCUUAACCUCACUUGUAGUUAGUAAGAUUCACACAUUACUUAGGUCUGCAUAUGUUGUGCAAGGAGAAAUACUGCAAAUUAUGCUAAGUGUCUCUGUGUUCUAGCCUGAUAACCAGGCUGUAGUUAUCUUCAUGUGUGUUUCACCAUACAUGUUAUGAACAGAUACACUGAACUUCUAGCAAUGUCAAUAUUUAUGCAUUAAGACAGAACACAAGACAAAAGACUUGAAGAGUUCACAUUGCACUGGUUAAUACAUUACGUGAAAAGGUAGAGUGUUAGUACAGCUCCUUGUCUGUUAGCCCCAUGGCUAUUUGUAAUAAGGCUCUACAUGGAUGAGAGGAUCUAGUGAAAUGUGUUCCCUUCCCAUUCUAUGACUGUAAAUAGUCAGUCUCCAUCACUGUAGCCUACACUGUGUUGAGUGUGCUUAGAAGCUGAUUGUAAAGGUGUACACAAUUAGUUUAUAAACUUGGCUUAGUGAGUAUGCCUAAUUGAAAACGAAUACCUUCUGCCAGUUGAAUUUGCUUCCAAAUAAAUGAGGAAAGAAAUGGCUUAAACACAAAUGCAGUGUCUUGGAUAUGAAGGCACUCUUGUGCAGGUGUGAUGCUCUUCUGCAUGCACAAAGUGUCGCCUCACUGUGUCUGCUGACUACCCUCCUACUACAGACCCUGCAGCAUGCCCCAUGCCAUUCUGGAGGAUCCUUAAGCCUCAAGAGUGGAUUUUGGAGUAUGCAGUGAAGAAGUAUGGGUAUGAAAUGGGAGGAUCCAGGUUGUUGGCUUAAAUGGCUUGUGAUUUGCGAUCUGUGGAUCAUACUUUGAAUUGAAAUGCCUCAAAGGAGAGGGAUAUUGGGUACAGAUGCUACAUCUUGAUGAAAUCUACUGUGCACAAAAGCAGAAUAUUGAUUAGGGACAAGUAUGUUAAGUACUGGAAGUGCUGUACGGGAAAAAGAUUUACAUUUGCUUUAAUUCACUCAUUGCAGCCAAGCUAGAAAUACAAACCAAAGCUGAAAUGGUUAUUUCUCAAUCUUUGGAAUGGUAUAGUAAAAAGAGAAGAAAAUCAUCUUUGUGCAGGACAAUUGCCUAUCUGUAGGCUUGAAAAUUUAAUUUUAAAAUCCAUAGGUUUUAAAUUUUUCCACAUCAGUUGCAAUCAGGUUGAUAGGAUAUUAAAGAUAUAUUUAAGGAACCAUGCUCUGUGGUGAACUUCUAUUGCCUUAAACCAAAUGUUACUGGCAUAUGAUUUAUUUGUACAGGGAGAUUUGAAGACCACUAUGUUAAUACUUUGGAAAUUAUUCUUUAGAAACAAAGUUGAUACUUUGGAAAUGCAGAGACCUUGACUGACAAUAUUGUUGGUGGAAUUACUUGAUAUUUAACACACUUUACAAAUAUUUCAUUUUUCUCUAAAUUUCUUGAAUUUCAAAAUAGUAGCACUUUAUCUAAUGCUUUACUACUGACAAAAUAUUUGGACAAAACAGAUUUGCUAUCAAACUGAAGAGUUGCUUAAUAGAUUCCUGUGCAGAGUUGAUUGGGGUUGUUCGAUGGUAUGAAUGCUUUAUCAGUGUGCUAUCUUUCUAGCUUGUUUCCAUUUGUUUUAAGACCUAUUUCGGUACAUCCAAAAUCUGUCUUAACACCCUCCAUUACUAGUCCUGAAAAUUAAUGCCUGUGUCUCAAUCUGUGAUGCCAAUGCAGUGCUAUACCAGUGCUGCUGUUGAUACACAAGGCAUUUUUAUCUGGGCUAGAUUUUAGAAUUCUGAACCUCGUCAAUAAUAAAAUUAUCUCACAAAAUUAACUGGUCAUAAAUUCUUGUUUAUAUUCUCAGUCUUGCACAUUUAGCUAUGAGUAAAACAGCUAGUAUGGCUAGGAUCUACUGGGCUUCGUAGAGAGCUUGCCUCAGUGCAGCUUGCCCUUUCUACUUGGGCCACCUUAUAGGUUGUUGCCCAACUUGGGAUAUCAUAGGGAACAACUCAAGAUGCUCUUUGGAUCCUAGCUUGUGUAUAUUCCUGCUUAGCAUGCUUUUAAAAAGCAUUUGCUUAAAAAAUUGUAAAUCAGGAUAGGUUGGUUGUACUUCACUUGCAAAUUGCAGGGAAUGAGUAGAUAAUGCACAUACAAAAAAUAAUGUACAAACAUACAAAGGGAAACAGUUGCAGUUCUUAUAGCAGAGGCUCUGAUAUGUACUCUAUCAGAAUAUUUUGACUAAUUUCCCAGUGCAAUUAGGUCCCAAUAUUAGGGACUGGACUUCACAUUUAACAUUAAUUCAUAUGGAUACUAAAAUCAGUGAACUGAUUCUUCUAGCAAAUUCUAAAAGGACAUUUUGUAUUUAUAUGUGGGUUGGGUAUUUUUUGUUGUUGUGUUCUGGCACAGGUGCUAUAGUGUAUGUGUAAAUAUAAAGGGUAUAAAAUGCAAUCUUGUGUCUGGAUCAUAUUCAUAGUCCUAUGACUGACCAUAUUUAUUUAUUUUUGUUGCUAAUGUUGCUAGUGGAAAUGAGUUUGCAUUUUUUCUGUGAUUUGCAUUGUCCAGUUUAACUGAGUCUUGUGCUGCUCAGUGAGUUGGCUUCAAGCAUCUCAGUAGUCAUCUUGAAAGCCCAAUAUGAUUGUGCAUCUUCGCACAAGCUUGUUCUCAUAUAAACAGAUUUGUCACUGAACUCGUGUGUUUGCAUUUUUCAAGCAAAGGUUUUUCAGCCAAGAGCCUCUACAUUAAGCAGCAAGCGUUGUACUCAGUUGAAAAUAACAUGCACUUGAAUUUGGUCAACACUGGAUGAUGUGAAAAGAAUUCAGAGUUCAUCACUGCAGCUACUGUAUGUUUUAAAAGGGCCUUAUGUAUUUUGCCUGCAUUGGAGUAAAAGGAGAGUUCUUGCCAUUAAUAAGGUACACUAAUUCUACAUAAUAUACCAGCAGCUCCCCAGAGGAAAAAGAAAAAAAAUAAACAUUUAACAAAUAUUGUUUUUAGUCUUAAGAGUAACUUCAUUCUGUUAUGUGAAAUAUAAGCUGUUAUGCAUAUUUUGUGGAUAUAUUUAAUUUUGAUUGACAAAUAGUUGUCUAGGUAAAAACUUGAAGAAAAAUAUAUAGUUUACUUGUGGAUCUUAAUUGUUUAAUUGCAAAUAAAGAUGUGCUUUAAUAAUUUAA